GAAGAAAGGUUGAAUGCAUAGAUACAGGAGAUUCUGACAAUGAGGAGUCAAAGGACGCUUUCCGUGUUGCUUCUGUUGAUGAUGGGUACGGUGACCACUGCACUUCCUGCAACUACUGCUGAUGCAGACAUCAUUUCAACGGUUGGCCAUUCAUCAGCCACUGUGUGUGGCAUCUCUCCACUCAACAACAAAAUAGUGGGAGGUGAAAAUGCCCCUGCAGGAAGUUGGCCCUGGCAGGCAAGUCUCCAAACUUCUGACGGACAUGUUUGCGGUGGGUCCCUCAUCAACAAGGUGUGGGUGAUGUCUGCAGCCCACUGCUUCACCAGCUCAGACCCAAAUGGUUGGAACAUUAGCCUUGGUCGUCAGACCCUGGAGGGAAUUAACCCCAACGAAGUGUCCAGAACUGUGGAUGAGAUCAUUAUACAUCCAGAUUACAACGAGUUCACAAAGGACAACGACAUCGCUCUGCUCAAACUCUCCUCGCCGGUCAUCUUCACAAACUACAUCCGACCCGUCUGUCUGGCAGCAAAUGAUAGUGUUUUCAACAAUGGUACUGAUAGCUGGGUGACCGGCUGGGGUAACAUCAAUGAAGGAGUUCCCCUCCCAUCCCCCCAGGAUCUGCAAGAAGUGGAGGUUGCAGUUGUGGGGAACAGACAGUGUGACUGCCUCUAUCGGGAUAGCUUAAUCACAGACAACAUGCUCUGUGCUGGUGAUCUGGCAGGGGGCAAGGACUCGUGUCAGGGUGACUCAGGAGGUCCAAUGGUGAUUCAACAGAACUCUGUCUGGGUCCAGUCUGGGGUUGUUAGUUGGGGUUAUGGCUGCGCUCGGCCCAAUCUCCCUGGGAUCUACACCAGAGUGUCCCGUUACCAGUACUGGAUCGACUCCCAUAUCAUGACCGACAAGCCAGGCUUUGUCCAAUUUACCUCCAGUGGGGUAGAUGCUGACAGCGAUUACAUCUGUUCUGAUGUCCCAACAACUACUGUCGACCCCAACCCCUACCCCUCCACCUACGCUUACCCCUACCCUUAUCCCUACCCUUACCCCUACCCUUACCCCUACCAACACCCCGACCCUUACCAAUACCCUUACCCUUACGAAUCCAUUUUUGAUCAUGGGAACAGUUUGUUCAGCUCCCUUUAUUUGCUGAGCACCUUAUUCAUUCUGAUGUUUCUUACCAUUUAACUUAUUUCCGUGAUGCAGUCAAGGGCAAGGUUUUAUUGGCAGUCUGAGUGCAAGUGCUAUUUGUUGGGGAGAUGUAUCUUUUAAAGUAAUGGCUGGCGUGCUCUGGAAGAACGAGAGUUGGGAAGGAGGUAGCCUAUUGCUGCAUAUCCUAUCUAGUAUAUUGUGUGUUGACUUUUCCCUGGGCACAUCCUGCUGAGUGAGUGUUGUUUUCAAUGGGCCUUACUGUUGUCUUGAUUUAUUUGUGAAGAUGGAUAACCUGAAAUAUAUUUACUUAUUUAUUAAAGGGGCAAUAUGGGAUUCAAACAAACAGAGACCCUGACACUUUUUUUGUAAAACGCUUAGGGAUAGAGCUGAAGAAAUGUAUCUCUUAAAUUCAUAGACAGAGGUUUGGGUACAAUGACUGUCUGAUAGCUUUAACAAUGUUUUGUAAGCUUUACAAUUUUUUACAAUUACAUUGUUUACAAAAAAACAUGGUAAAACAAGCUUGUAUUUUGGCUUGUGGUGAAGUAGGACAGCACUAAAGCUCAUGAGACAUUUUAAGUUACAUUCUUCAAGAAUUAAUGGCUAUAUAUCAUUAAAGAUGCACUUUAGUCUCAUCUUCAUCUCAUUUAUCACAUGAUUUAUUUAACAAAAGUCAUGAUAUGUCACAAGUGGGAGGGGCGUUUCCUCUUCUGUUCUCUAUUGGUCCUCUAACCACUAAUUUGCACAAAACAUAUAUGUUAUACCCUUAAGUGGGUGUACAUUAAUUGGGAUAGAUAUUGUUUCAACAAGAAAGUUUUUUUUUUUUUAAGCUGGAGUGUGUCUAAUUUAAAAGUAAAAUAAUGGGUGUACCGUUCCCAGAUUGCCAUUUUAAUAUUUGAGAAAUGACAAAUCCUUUUGCUAUGAAAGCUGUAUAAUAAAAUAAAAAAUCAAAUGUUCUUUAUGGAGCGGCCUGCAGUGGUCUAGUGGUUAGUGCCACAGCCGACUGGAUAAGAGCGUCUGCUAAAUGACUAACAUGUAAAACGUCUCCUGUCUUUCUUGUCUCUUCUUCUAUCUUUCCUAUCAAUGGGUAACACUAUGCUUUAAAUACACAUAUGAACCUUUCCUAAAGAAGGCACUGCAUUGGGAAACUUUGGUGGAGGUUUACUCAUUAAAAUGUUGUGAACACA